AUGAAGCUUUCUGUUGCGACGCUUGCCGCUGCAGCCACUGCACUGCUCGCAGCCACUCCUGUUGUUGCCGACUUCCACUAUGGAUUCCCCUGGGGCACCUUCAAUGCAUGGGCCAAGACUAUCGACAAGAAGAAUGUAACGUGGUAUCACCAUUGGCAAGAUGGUUACGUAAAGGAGCUCAAGGGACUUGAAUACGUCCCCACUUUCUGGGGUCCCACGAAAAUGCACGAAUGGCAUCAACGCAAGAAAGAGAUUCACGAUAUGCAUAUCGAACACAUUCUUUCAUUCAACGAACCUGACAUCAAGGGCCAAGCCAACAUUGAUCCUGACACUGCUGUGAGUCUGUUCAUGCAAGAGCUCCAGCCAUAUGCUCUUAAGGGCAUCAAAGUGAGUGCGCCCCAGAUGGUUUGGGACAUGGAUUGGAUCUCGAAGUUCAUGGAUAAAUGCCACGCCGCUGGCUGCAAGAUCUCUUUCAUGGCACUUCAUUGGUACGGUGGUCCUGAUGAAAUUGACUCCUUCAAGAACUGGGUAAAGAGGAUUCACGACAAAUUCAACCUGCCGAUCUGGAUGACUGAGUACGGGCUCACGAACAAGUCAAACCCAUCGCAAAAAGAUGUCGACCGUUUCAUGCGCGAGACUAUUGAAUGGAUGAAGUCGCAGCCAUAUGUUGAACGUGCUGCUUGGAACGGCUGUUUCGAUGUUUUGAACCCUCCUGACAGCUUCCUAUCGCCAAUGAAUGCAUACUUUGCAGACAAUGGCGCCGCUACUCGUCUCACCGCUAGCACUUGGCUGGCUGGUCUUGGUAAUAUCUUUGCUUCGAAUCCAAGCUUGAAGGUGGUUGACAAUACUCCAAACACGAAGGGACACAAGUCCCAGCACAAGAGGCUUCUGAUGUAA